CACUAUGCCUCUUUCACAACUCGUCCUUCCGUCUUUUACCCUAGUCCUCAGCGAUUCGGUUACCCUGCGCGACUUCCAGCGCGCUCAGACUCGCGAAAUCCACAUUCCGGUUCAUGCUCCAUUGAGCGACGAGGAAUUCAUGCAUACGAUUGACCUCCGUGACACGACCCCAGCCUCAGCCUUCAUCACGUAUAAGUGCACCUACUAUCCCGAUCAAGACGCUGCGUCCCUGUUUGGCGACGAGAACGGCGAGGAACUUGCUUCAGAUGGGCACUUCUGGCGACGCUUGUUGUUGAAGGUUAAGGGCUUCGGAGGGAGGUUCUUCGCUGGCUUUCGCCGUUGGAUGGACCCUACUUUUCUCCGAUAAUUGCUUGCUCAGAUCUUGUUCUCGCUCCUUCUUGUCCCCUAUCUCAUCGCAUAGUCAAUGCUUUGUCGCGUCCUGUGUAGUAUUGCCCUGUUCCGUUGCACAAACAUCACUUCUCCUGCAUUUGUACCAUAUAU